GGAUCUUAGUGUUGUCUUCCGUGAGGCUGUAAACUUUUUCUUAUCGAUAAGCUCCCCUGACAGCUUUAAUUUCGACCUCUCCAAGACGUCGCCUCUCCCUCGAUGUCGACGCCUCCCCAUACCUCCAAGCCACGCAAGCAGCCAUGCUAACAGUUGCUCCUCACCUCCGUACUCGGAGGCCCUCUCCCACAACGGUCGAAUACACCGUCUCGACCUCGCCCCCUCCUACACUCCCCUUACGUCUCCUCCUCGGCCUCACCAUCCUCCUACGCGUCACAAUCGGUCUCAGUGUGCUUCUCCUCCUGUAUUCCAAGUUCCUCCUCUCCGACUACUCCACACCUCUCGAGCCCUACUCUUCACGACCCCAGCUACAAUCCAACGCCUUCAUCUGGUACCUAGCCUACAACCUCACCACCUCGCGCCUCGGCGCCCUCUUCACCCACCUCGCGACCCUCACCCCACCCAUCGUUCUACUCCCCGCCUCCUUCACAAUCCUCUACCUGCUCUCUCUCCGCCUACACACUACUGAAUCUCUGCUUGUUCUUCGCGGCCUAGGAAUUCAGACCUCUUCGUCGUCAUCUACGUUCCUAUCUGGCUCAACGACAAGAUUCAUACCGACGGAGAAGAUCCAGGAUAUCUUUGUUAAUGAAGCCUUCCGAGGGUUUGAGGUGAGGUAUUAUUUGGUUGUGGUGGUGGAGGGGGAAGAGAGUGUCGUGGUUGUUUUCCCGCGGUUGUUACCGAGAAGGCAGAUUUUGGAGACUGUUUGGAGGGGGGUCAGGGGAUGUUUGUUUGAACCCGAGGAGAAGGCGGGGUGAAAGAGUAGGGCUUACACGAAUUAUGGCGUUAUAUGGACAAAAGGGAUGACUAAAUCUCCCACCUAAAUCGUGAUAUUAAAGAUGAUGG